CCCGCUCCCUUUCCUCUCUCUCUCUCUCUCUCUCUCCAUCCUAUCUAACCAACAACCAACUCUCUCUCUCUCUUCCACCUGUGCAUUGUGCUUUCCUUUCCCUCCCGACUCGCUUUUUGUUCCUCCAUUUCGACUCUGCCUUUCUCCCUCCCUAUUUCGCUCGCUCGCUCGCCGUUAUCAGUCUCGAUGAAAGCUUGGUAAAGCAGGCGGAAGUGGAUAUGGGGAAGUACAUGAGGAAGGCUAAGAUCACAGGCGAAGUCGCAGUCAUGGAAGUCUCGCAGGCUUCUUUUGGGGUUCGAACCAGAGCUAAAACCCUAGCCUUACAGAGACUCCAGAAGACGACCCCGCCAUCGACUACUACCAACUCGGGCACCUCUUAUUUACAGCUCCGAAGCCGACGGCUCGAGAAGCCACCUCUUCUCGUCGCCAGCACCCACGAGACCAAGAAGCAACAGAGCGCAUCCAAGGACAGCUGCAAGGGAAGCCCUAGCCCAAAUCCUAGCCAAAACCCUAAUGCGCGAACGAGUUCCAGGCUGGGCUCUGUGAAUUCGGCUUCUGUUGGGUCGGUCUCGUUGAGUUGUUCCAAGAACGAGGAGAGCUUCUCGGCCAAGGAAGCGACCAAGUUGGAAUUUAAGGAAGAGGAGACGCCGGAGAACAACAACGAUGUGGGUGUUGAAGCUUCAUUCGGGGAGAAUGUUUUGGACAUCGAAGCAAGGGAUAGGAGCACCAGGGAAACCACACCUUGUAGUUUGAUAAGGGACUCGGACACCAUAGGAACACCAGGUUCUACUACCAGGCCUGCCAAUUCAACUGCAACCAACCGGAGAAUACAGAGUGCAACACGAAGAAAUAUCCCAACAACGAAUGAGAUGGAGGAGUUCUUUGCUGGUGCAGAGCAGCAGCAACAGAGGCUAUUCACUGAAAAGUAUAACUUCGAUCCUGUUAAUGACAUGCCUCUCCCUGGACGGUAUGAAUGGGUAAGGGUGGAGCCAUAGAUGGUGCCUGAUGUUCCAUUAGGGUUUCUUGCCCUGCAACUUCUCGAUUGGUCUCAUGAUGUGGAUAGGAUUUUGAAGAGGGUGGCAGGGGGUUGACAGAUGGUGGUGUUUAUGGUGGUGGUUUCAUUUUCCACCACCUUUCUUCUCUGUUGUAAAAAAAGGAAAACGAUUUUAAAAGGAAAAAAAAAGGGCUGUCAAAGAUACUGUAGUCUAAUGGUCUGUACCAUAGCAGAGCUGAUGAGUUACACCUCAGUCAAAUAUAAAUCCAAAGUCCUUUGUCUAACAGAUCAUUUGAGAAGGGGAAGGGAAAGAACUAAGAAGGUAGGAUUAGGGUUCAAUCAGAUAGGUUGGUGCAAGGGGUAUAGGAAAUCACCAGAUUUUGUUUCUUCUUUAUCCUUUUUUUUUCUUUUUCUCUUCUUCCUUUUGUCUAUACUGGAACUAAUGGAACUUGAUGACUCUCUCUGGAAUAAGCAUGGCCCAUUUUCCCCUCUACAUGUUUUGUCUUUUACUUAAUCAGCAUCUUUGAUUUUCUCAGUUCAAUUAUUGCCUUCCUACGACAAUAUGCAACAGUGCAUUAGCUAUCAGAUUAAGAUGGUGAUUCCUUUAACCAUGUAACACCAGCUACUACUUGUUUCUAUCCUUGUGAUUUUAACUUUUUUUGUGACAAAAUGCUGGGGUUAUCUAUUUUGGAUGGACUUGGGAGAAAUCUUACUUGAGGCUCUAUUUGACAGAUUUUGUAACCUGCGGUAUAGGCCCAGGCCCUAGAGGGGGAGAGGCUAUGGAGGCCAUUUUCUCAAGUGGGCAUUGUUGAUUUCAAUCUUGGAAAUAUGUUUCCUUUCACAUGGGCCACUGUACCUUCUUUGACAGAGUUUGUAUUUUUAACAAUGUGUAACAUCCGUGCAGUUUGGGGUUUUGAAGGGGGGGGUGCGAUCGGUGAUGAAGUCAUGAAGAUGAAUUGGGCACGUCAAACUCAUUUUGAUGCGGUCUUGGACUCCUGCUGUACUGUGCUUACACACUGUUGCAGUGUUAAUAAUGCGUGUAUUGACACAGACACUGUCUCCUUAUGGUCAUCCAACAGCCAUGGCUGAUGUCUCCUCUCUCUCCCCUCUGGUCUCUGCUGUGGGGUGGAAUCAGCAAUGGGUAUGCUCUUUAAAGGUAGUUGGGACCCACCAUUCUUGCAGAGAGCUUGGAUAUGRAUAUCACAAGUCCGUAAGUCAUAACACCCCUGCGGCUUGGUUGAACUUCAACACCACGGACGGUUGGGCACUUGAGGUGACUGCAAUUACAGAGCCACUGAAUCAUAUUGCCUCAUCACAACUCACAAGUAGAUAACGCUAGCUCCAUCUCCUUUGCUUGGCUGAAGGACUGACUUUGACCUGGUUGGAACCUCACUUGACACUUUCAUGGUUAGCAUGGAGAGGUUUGUUCUCACCGUUGCUUUUGAAUCAUACCCAGAAAAAAGUGCUACAACACUAGAUGUCAGACAACUGGACAAGGGCAGGCAGGCCUAUAGAAGCCAGAACUCUGGAACCAAACAAGCUCAUUGAUGUUUCUCUCUCUGCUCCAUGGCUAACUAAUGGAAUUGGGUCAUCUCGGGUGGGUCUUUCCUAGUGGAAGCUAGCUAGCUUCCGCUUCCAGCUCAUUCUGACUGUCGUUAAUAAAACGCCAUAUUUAUUUGCAA